GAAAACAAAAAUGAGUCCACUCAUUUAGCGGAGUUUUUGGUUUCGCACUUUGACGAGCGCUUUGGACCUCAUUGGUAUUGUUUCACAGCCGAUCGACCACUGGCAUUCUACACACACUACGAUCCGAAUAAUUACAUUCACCUACGAGUGGACUUGUACACGUUUCUACUCUUCAAAGUGGCUCCAUCGCAGUUAUCCAUCCAUGCCAAUGUGAAAUCGUCACGCAAAGAAGCCGUUACACCGGUAGACGGCAACACAAUUGUUGUUGACCUGAUUGAGAGGAACAGCAAACGGACUCAAAUAAUGGCCAGUGAUAUGCCUGAGAGUAUGAAGGAAAGAGCACAAGUGCUUGCAGCAGAAGCUGUUAAAAGGUUUCCCGACGAGCGAAUGCUGUGUGCGCACUUCAUCAUGACCAGAUUCGAAGCUGAAUUCGGUCCGCCAUGUCACUGUGUUAUAAGUGAUACGAAAAUUGAAUAUGGUUUCCACGAAUGUGAGAUGGAAUUAGGCGACGAAAUCAUUAUCUCUCCCAGCGCUGAAAUAGGCGACGUAAGACCAUCGGAGGUAGCAGCCGCAGAAGCUGGUGGUGAUGUGAAACCGUCUAAACCAGAAGGCAGCGAUCAACCGCAACCAAAAGCAGAAGCUGCUGCAGCAAGCGCUGGAGGAACUGAGCAAGGGCAACCCAUUGUACAGGAGAAGGAGACGACCCACGAAACACCGGUUGCCGAGCCUGAACCAAAGCCGGAAUCUCAGCCAGAGCCCGAGGCAAAACUAGAACCACGACCCGAACCAGAGCCUCAACCCAAGCAGGAACCAGAGCCUCAACCCAAACAGGAGCCAGAGCCUCAACACAAACAGGAGCCAGAGCCUCAACCCAAACAGGAGCCAGAGCCUCAACCCAAACAGGAGCCAAAGCCGCAACCCAAACAAGAACCGGAAGCUCAACCCAAACAGGAACCUGAACCUCAGCCCAAGCAGGAACCUAAACCUCAGCCUAAACCAGAACCUAAGGUAUCUGAUGCUGAGCAGGAAAAAGAGCCAGCUCAGCAACCAGAAGCUAACAAGGAGAAACGUGAAGCUGAGCAGCCACGCCCUCCACCCACAGACGAAGCGACAGCUGUAGUGCCUGAAGCGACGCCGGCUGGUGCAACUGAAGGCGGCCAUAUUCCUCCAGCCACUGCUAGUGAACAGCCACCAGUGCUUAAGGAACGCCAGCAAGAAGUGCCUGAGCUCGAGCCGUUACAAGCACCCGAACCGAUAGUUGAACCGUCACAACCGCCACAUCCCUCUGAACCUGAACCACAACAGGUACCAGCUCAACCAGAACCCCAGCCCGAGCCACAACCCCAGCCCCAACCGCAACCUGAACCGGCGGAACCCGCUCAGCCAAUACCUGCCCAACCAGUCCCAACCGAACCACCCGUUCAACCCACUCCAGCUGCUCAACCUUACCCUACUCAGAUGCAACCAGCGCCAGCGCCGGUAGCAGAGCCACAGCCUGAUCAACCCCAGCCCCAACCUCAAACCCAACCUGAACCUGAGCCUCAACCUCAACCCCAGGAACAACCUCAACCCACACCACAGUGUCAACCCCAGCCAGCACCUGCUCAACCAGCAAUGGCCACGCAAGUUCCAGGUGCUCAAAUUGUUUCUGCUGGUAUGCCACCCGAUAUGCAACAGUAUGCAGUGAGUUUGGCUCAGGAAGCGAUUGCAAAUCCUGAACCCAAUCAGAUCAUGCGUAUUGCACAGCAUAUCAUGGGUCAUUUCGAGCAAAAGUACGGUCCCAUAUGGCACUGCGUGGCAAGCGAUGGCCAACUGGGAUUCAUGGCUCGUUAUGAUCCAGCGGCACACAUUUAUUUCGCUGUUGGUAAUAUCACAAUAUUCUUAUUCAAGCAACAACAGCAAGAUGCUUAA